AUGUCCAAUUUGCUAACGAUUCCUUGUCAAUAUAUUUUUCAAGGAAAAGCAGCAGACAUGAAAUUAAGCUUUAAAUCAGACCAAGAGCGAAAAAGAAUUAUGGAAAUUUAUUUACCUCGAUUUGGAGUCAUUGCAAUUGAAUUAUCGGAAGUGAUCAACCGUAAAUUUACAAAAAUCAACGACGAAGGAAUUUUAGAGUUGCGAGUACAAAUGAAUUUGAUCAGUGAGAAUGAGUCCUCUGAAUCCACAACUUCUUCAUCAUCAAAUAAUUAA